AUGGCAGCGCGGAACACUCCGUUGACGUGCGCGGGGCACACGCGACCCGUCGUUCACCUCGCGUUUUCACCCAAGCAAGAGGACGAUGGGACGUACCUCCUUGUAUCGAGCUGUAAAGACGGGAACCCAAUGCUGCGAGAUUGGCGCGGUGAUUGGGUCGGAACGUUUGUCGGACACAAGGGUGCCGUGUGGCAAACCAAGCUGUCCUCGGACAGUGCGCGCGCGUUGACGGGUUCGGCAGACUUUACGGCCAAGCUGUGGGAUACAUAUACGGGCCAAUCGCUGGUGUCUCUCCCGCACGAACACAUUGUGCGAACCGUCGCGCUCGGACCCGGGGGAACCAAGGGGAUGACGGCCGGCCAGGAAAAAAAAGUGCGGAUUUGGGACUUGGGUCGUGCCGGACAAGGCGCCAAUGCACCCGAUCCGUCGUUCCUCAAGGCUCCCGGACUGGCGACGGCGCACGAAGGAACGAUCAAGAGCGUGGUGUGGGGAGACGAAAACCUGGGUGUGAGCGCGGGAGACGAUGCGGUGGUGAGGUGGUGGGAUCUGCGCACGCUGGCGUCGCCCUUUCAUCUCAAGUUGCCCGAAGCCCCGACUUCAAUGGAGCUCUCGAUUCCGACGCAUACCUUGACCAUCACGCACGGAAAGACGGUUUCGUUUGUGCCGCUUGCUGGACCCGAGAGUGGGCCGAGUCAUCAGGUGACGCUUGUGCACGCUCCGUCGAGCGCGAGCUUGCAUCCUGUGUUUGGCGAUCGGUUUGUCGCUGGGUCGGUCGGGGAUCCGUGGGUGCGGGUGUAUGGCCUGGAGAUGGGUGAGGAGCGGGAGGUUUACAAGGGACAUCAUGGGCCGGUGCACUGCGUCGAGUACAGUCCCGACGGGGAGAUGUACGCGACCGGGAGCGAGGAUGGGACGAUCCGGCUUUGGCAGACGACGCCAGGCAAGUCGUAUGGGUUGUGGCAGGGGACAAUCAACGGAGCGAGCUAA